AUGGCUUUCGAGGGUGGUCUCAUCAGAAAUUUAGGAUUUGGCUGUGCUGCUACAGUGACUAGAGUUGGUAGUAUUUUGGCUACUCAAGUCAUGUCAUUGGCGUUCAAGGGAGGUUACUUCCCUUAUAUUAUCAUUUGUAUUUUAAUGACAAUUGAUACAUGUUCAAUUUUAACUCUACCUGAAACAUGGGGUAAGGUAUUGAAGGAUACUCUCAUAGUCAUGAAGAAAAAAGGUCCAAAACAAGAUAUGUAUAUCGUCAACAGUAGUGAACGAGUUGAUGUAAACUCUCAAAACAUGUUUGAAUAA